AUGGCCACUAAAUUACAACAUCAAUUAUUAUCAGCAAGAAAUUCUUUAAAACAAAAAGAAAAGGAGUUAAAUCUUGAACAAUUGAAAAAUAAUGAACAGUUUUGGAUUAAAAAUUAUAGACCUGCCAAUCUCAAUUAUAUAAAAAUAGAGAUUAAGGAUAUUAUGAAAUAUUAUAACACACCAAUUAAUGUGCCAUUUAAAAAUCAAAAUCCUUUCAAUGGUCGGAAACCUGGUGCUAAAGUAGAUGCAAUAAUUGGCUAUUGA